AAAUGUAAUGAAGUCAUCUUGGAAGACAUGGAUAUAGCAAAAGCCAUAUGUGAUUAUGUUAAGGUCAACUUAGUUGAGACUCUGGUAGUUGGUUCCCCCUCGAAGAAUAGCUUUAUGAGAAGAUUUAAGAGCUCAGAUGUUUCGACCAAUGUUUCAAAGGGAGCACCAGAAUUCUGCAGUGUGUAUGUCAUCUCAAAAGGCAAAAUUUCAUCGGUAAGAUCUGCCUCCAUCCCAGUUCCAAACCCACCACCCCGCCCAUUACAGAACCAAAUCAUUCCAUAUCAUAGUUCACUCGAUGUACGACCCAUUCAAAAUUAUGGUACAAGAGCUGAGAGGACACCAUUUGCACCUCGCAACUUGAUUGAAGACACAGAGAUCAAGUCACCAUUCAAUAGAAAUAAAGCAUCAAACAAAUCGUAUGCGGAGCUUUCAAUCUCUGAUACAGACAUAUCAUUCGUGAGCUCUGGGAGACCAAGCACCGAACGUAUGUAUCCCUUUGAUAGUCAAGAAAUGAUGGGUGGGGCACCUCCUCGACUUUCAUGUAGCUCUGACACAGACAACAGAAGCAGCUUUGGGUCAUCAUUCUCAGCAUCCAAGUCAUCUGAUCCAAACUAUAUGCAUGGCUUCUCAUCUGGCUCCGAAAGUAACACUGCGUCGUGGUCAUCAUCACAGAACCUGGAUGAAGUGGAAGCUGAGAUGAGGAGGCUCAAGCAAGAGCUCAAGCAGACAAUGGAGAUGUAUAGCACAGCUUGCAAAGAAGCACUCUCAGCAAAACAAAAGGCAAUGGAACUUCAUCGUUGGAAAAUUGAGGAACAACAGAAAUUUGAACAAGCACAAUUAGCUGAGGAAGCAGCAUUGGCAAUUGCCGAGAAAGAGAAAGCAAAGACUAAGGCAGCCAUUGAGGCAGCAGAAGCAUCUCAGAGGAUUGCAGAAUUGGAAGCACAGAAAAGAAUGAAUGCUGAAUUGAAAGCACACAAAGAAGCUGAGGAAAAGAAUAAGGUACUAGAUACCCUGGCACAUAGUGAUAUAAGGUACCGUAAAUACAGUAUAGAGGAAAUUGAAGCAGCAACAGAUCACUUUUCCGAAUCUCGCAAAAUUGGGGAAGGAGGUUAUGGGCCAGUGUACAAGUGUUAUUUGGAUCAUACACCAGUUGCAAUAAAAGUUCUUCGUCCGGAUGCAGCUCAAGGAAGAUCGCAGUUUCAGCAAGAAGUUGAAGUCCUAAGUUGCAUAAGGCAUCCCAACAUGGUUCUCCUUCUUGGAGCCUGCCCAGAGUAUGGUUGCUUGGUGUAUGAGUACAUGGCUAACGGGAGCUUAGAAGAUUGUCUCUUUAGGCGAGGGAACAAACCAGUUAUUCCUUGGCAAGUAAGAUUUCGAAUUGCUGCAGAAAUUGGCACUAGCCUUCUUUUCCUCCACCAAACAAAGCCAGAACCACUAGUCCACCGUGACCUAAAACCUGCAAACAUUCUGCUUGACCGUAAUUUUGUUAGCAAGAUUAGUGAUGUUGGGUUAGCCAGGCUGGUUCCUCCAUCUGUAGCCAACAGCGUAACUCAAUAUCGCAUGACCUCAACUGCUGGAACUUUUUGUUAUAUUGACCCAGAGUACCAACAAACUGGCAUGCUUGGAAUUAAGUCUGAUAUCUACUCCCUUGGUAUCAUGCUGCUCCAAAUAGUUACAGCCAAGCCUCCUAUGGGUUUGACUCAUCAUGUUGAACGAGCUAUUGAGAGGGGUAAUUUUUCUGAAAUGCUUGACCCAUCUGUUACUGAUUGGCCAGUAGAAGAGGCCUUGAAGUUUGCCAAGCUAUCUCUUAAAUGUGCAGAGCUCAGAAGAAAAGACAGACCAGAUCUUAAGACCAUCGUGUUACCUGAACUUAAUAGAUUGAGCAACCUCGCAGAAGAUAAUAUGUCUAGUAGCAACAACAAUAGUGUCAUGAUGUUGGGUGGCACUAGUUGUAGUAGUACUAGUACUCCUCCAAGGACCUCACUAUAUCAGAGCCAAGUUUCCACAUCUCAAGAGAUGAUAAGCGACCCUCAAUUGCAACAGUCUGGCUAUGAAAGUUCACAGAGCGCUUUGAGUGCAUCUUUUAAUUCAGAUAGGAGAUCAAGCUGAAUGUCCGAGGACAUCUUAACACAUAAUUCAUUGUUCAAGGAGUUCAAGAUGAAAACAAGGAAUUAAAGUUAGCUCCUCGGCAUAUAAGAUAAAAGGUGGAGCCCUUAGUUGAUAUUGUCAAGAAACUGUUUGAAUUUUUUGAAAUUUUUUUUUUAAUGACAAAUAAGAUGAUUGUAUUUACAAAAAUGUUAUUGUAACUUCUAUUUUGAAUAUUUGGAUGACUUGAACUCUGAAGUUGUUCACUAUCUCCUUGUUGACAAAGUAAAUAAUAAAAAAAAAUCCAUAAUUUUGA